CGCGUAAUAGAAUCUAACGAGCAACGUCAUGUGCGAUUAAUUAAGUUUCCAGAAGAAACUCUUAACGUGAAUGGCCAAGAACAAGUAACAGAAGAACAGAUGGAAUACAAUGAUGAAGAGGAAGAAGACGAUGAAGAAGAAGAGGAAGAAAGAGAAGAACGCACUUGUGUGGAAACUGAUUUCGUUUUUAUAGAUUUCGUUCGCAGGUUCGCAAAUAUGAAAGUGGUUAAAGCAAUGGCAAUUCUUCUACAAGGAUUCGAGACAAAUUCAAUCGAAGUGAAUCACUACAUUGUCAAAAUGUUGCAUCGCAUCGCCUGGGAUUGUAAAAUGAGUGCAAUGAUAUUUCAGGCAUCGAUUUUUAGGAUUUUUCAAAAAAUCCUUAAUUCCAAAACAUCACAGCACAAGGAGCUGCAAAAGUUUGCCAUCUUUAUAAUUCGCCGUUUCACGGAGACCGCACAAAAGAAUCAUAAAGCGUACAUGGAAUUGCUGUUCUGGAAAACGACCCUCCAAGCAAACGAAAUGGUUGAGGGCUACGACACAGAACCAGCAAACAAGAAAGUUUCUCGCGCCGUCUGGUCCGAAGAAGAAGAAGACGAACUACGCACCUUAUUCAUGGAGCAUCAAACUAACAAGUAUCCUCAAGAUUUAAUCGAUUGGCUUUUGGAGAAUUUGAUCAAUAAGGAUAGAACGAGUCGAGGAGUGAUGAAAAAAUUGAGGGAAAUGUGUCUCAUCGUUAAUUCAAAGGCAGUGAGAAAUGAAAUUCAAAAGAGACUACCAAAAGAAUGGUCUGAGGAGGAAGUGGCUCAAUUGACAGAAAUCUGGGAACAUGUCAGAGAACAAGAUGAUCCUGUGGACCUUAUUUAUGAUGAAUUGCGGAUCAAGCGACCCAAAUCAAAGAUCAAAGAGAAACUUCUCGAGCUGGGAUUGGCGAAGGAUCGAAAGGAGCUGCGUAAAAAACGCACCAAGAAAAGUAACGCAGAGCCAAAAUCUUCAUGGGAAAUUGUAUCGAGAAAUGAAUCCGGAAGUGAUUCUGAUGAUUCUGAUAGUGAUGGAUCGACAUCUUCACGUGACGUUCCAUCAACUUCAAGGAAACAACAAAAGAAAGGAAAGCAGAAAAAGGCCACGUUUAUUUACUCUGAUUUUCAAUUAUCAGGAUUGUUGAAAGACGUGAUUAAUAAUGGCAUGCAGGAGGCAUUAAAGUGGAUUACGGAAAGUUUGGAAGAAUCCUUGGAUAAUAGAGAUGAGGAAAGUGAUGAAGGAAUUGCUCUGGUGCCAUUGACCGGUGAAACAUCGGCUGCAAUGGAUUCGCCAAGUUUUCAACGACUUAUUCGCGCAAUGGGAAUUGAACCUCCGGAUCAGGAGCAAAAUUUUUGGAGAAUACCAGCUAAUAUGCUUCCGGCUUCGAUUAAAAAACGCUGCAAUCUCAUUGAAGCUGCCCUAAGAGGUGAAUUUGUUACUGAAGAGCCCAAGAAAACUGCAAUCGAUUCAGAUUCCGAGGACGAAGAUGUAUUCGAAAAACUUAGACAAUCGUACAAAAAGAACAAUGAAAUAGAAGAGCCGGAAAAGCCAAAAUUAAACACGGAACGAAUUCAAUUAGUGUCAGAUUCCACGGAUUCCGAAAUGAAAAGUACAAAAGUUUCGACUCUAAAUUCGAAAAAAGUAGAGACAGAACGAAUACAAAUAUCGUCAGAUUCCUCGGAUUCAGAAAACGAAAGUACAAAAAUAUCUAAUGUAGAUUUAAAAGACGAAACGACAAAUACAGAACAAGUACAAGUGUCAGAUUCCUCGGAUUCAAAAAUAGAAACAACAAAAAUCUCAACUCUGAAUUCAAAGAAAGAAAAGACAACGAAUCGAAACUCAAAGUUAAAACGAAUUCAAUCGAUAUCAGAUUCUUCAGAUUCCGAAAUUGAAAGUACAACAAAAAUCACGAAUUUAAAUUCAAAAAAUGAUGAGUCAACAAAAACAAAAAUGGGACGAAUUCAAUUAGUUUCAGAUUCUUCAGAUUCCGAAAUAGAAAAUACAAAAAUUUCAACUUCGGAAGAAUUGAAGAGGGACCGCUCUCUGAAUUCAGACAUAGAUACGCCUCUAACAAAAAAACGUCGAGUGUUGCAAAGCGACGAAGAGGAGGAAGAUCCCGAAAGCGGAAAAAUUCAGAAAAUAAAACAAACACGUAUAAUCGUAAGCGACGACGAAGAUUAAAUUCGACUUUUUACAUUUCUGUUCUGCACAUUUCAUUUUUUUUCAAGUUAAAAUCCAUUUCUAUUGCACAUCAAAAAAAAAAAAAAGGAAGAAAUUUAAAUAUAGAAAAUUAAGUUUUAUGUUGCGAAAAUUUUAGCUAGAUAUUCGUUUUUCAGUAAUUUAUCAUUUCUUUUCAUUCCAUUUUUUAUGAUUUAAAAGAGAAAACAAUUUUUUUUUGUAUUUAUUUAAAAUUGUUCAUCGUCAUAAAUAAUAUUAAAUUUGGUGUAAAAUUUUGUUUAGUGUAUCGAUUUUUUUUUUUCAAAUACACAUACGUUAUCGGCGCUCAGUAAAGCAGGUUUAAUGUAGAACUCGACAACACUGUGCCAUCUUUACGAAUAAAAUAGAACUUCGAAUUUC